AUGGUGACCGCACCAUCAUCACAUUUGUCAGAUGUCGAAAUAAAACCGAAAAAUACUCGAUUUCAUCAUCGUCGUCCUCAAAAAUUGUGCACUACUCAACGCCUUCCAGCAUUCUUUGCUUGGCUUCUUUUAUUAAGUACUUCAUUUGCUUAUUGGAUAUGUAUUUUUCCAGAAAUUCUUAUUCUUCUACCAAAACUUUUGCCUAUUCCAAUUUUACAUUGUAUUUUAUUUCUUCUUGUAUGCGCAAAUUUUCUUCUUGCAACAUUUAUGGAUCCAGGUAUCUACCAACAAUCGUUAAAAAAUGAAUAUUCUAAUGUUAGUUUAUAUACUCGUCCAUCUAAACGGAAAGAUGGUAUUGAAGUCAAUGAUGAUGAUGAUGAUGAUUCAGAUGAACCACAAUCUCGUCUUAUUCGUAUUAGAGAUGGAUCAGUCUAUAUAAAGUAUUGUCGUACAUGUAAAUUAUUUCGUCCACCACGAUGCUCACAUUGUUCUAUUUGUGAACGAUGUAUCGAUACUUUCGAUCAUCAUUGCCCUUGGUUAAAUAAUUGUGUUGGUCGUCGUAAUUAUCGUUAUUUUUUUCAAUUUUUAUUUCUACUAUGUAUUCAUAUGAUAUUAUUAUUUGCAUUUUGUCUUUAUUAUGUUCUUCAUGAUCGUCAUCAUAAAAUACUUCCACCAAAUUAUCAUUUACUACCAUUAAAUCCAAAUAUAUCAAAAAGACAAAAUGAUUAUUUAUCAUCAAUACAUUUAGAUAAAACAAUAUUUGUUGGUUUUCAAGAUUAUCGUUUUAUUAUUUGUAUUAUUUUACUUCUUCUUCUUGGUCUUAUGGCAAUACCUAUUGGUGGUUUAACAGGUUUUCAUAUAUAUCUUAUAUGUCAAGGUCGUACAACAAAUGAACAAGUUACUGGAAAAUAUCGUAUACAAAAUGAUGUUUUUAAUAGAGGUUGUUGGAAAAAUUGUUCUUAUGCAUUAUGUCAACCAUUAUAUCCACAAUUAAAAGCACCCAAAAUCAAACGUUAUAAUGUUGAUUUAUUUGAAGAAAUGGCAUAUGGAAAAAUAAAUUAUAAAUUAACAAAAAAUGAAUAUGAUGAAAAAAGAAAAAUUAAUUAUGAAGAAACAAACAAAUCAAAUAUGAAAACAAAUAUUUAUAGUAAUCCAAUUGAUGAAAAAGGUUACAAACCAGUAUCAACUUCAACAUCUGCUUCAGUGACAUCUUCAUUUCCAUUUCAACCAGUUAAAAAAAAUCCUUCACAUCAAACAACAAAACCCGGAUUUGAAUCUAUACGUCGUAGUUUAUCAAAUAUGUCUUUAUCAUCACGUUGUUCAUAUGAUAAUAUUGAAGAAGAUGAAGAUGAAGAUGAUAUUCAUCAACCAUUACCUUAUCAAACAAGUAAUAAUAAUAAUAAUAAUAAUAAUAAUAAUAAUAGUUCAAAACAAAUGAAAAAAAUGUAUAUUAAUCAAAAUUCAAUUCAAUCGGAUAAUGUAUCAACAAAUAGUGCAAUGACAUUACGUACAGAUUCAUAUCGACAAGCUCAUCCUUUACAUUCAUUUGCUUUUGAUUAUCCAAAACGACCAUUAUUACCUCAAUCGAAACAAAAUAAUGAACAACAAAAUCGACGAAAAAUAAAUGGAAAUAAACAUUAUGAAAUAUCUGUUUAA